AUGUUCAACAAAAGUAUAAAUAGUGGUUUCACCUUCGGAAACCAAAACACAUCCACACCGACAUCCACACCGGCGCAGCCUUCCAGUUCCCUCCAAUUUCCUCAAAAGUCUACCGGUUUAUUUGGGAACGUCAAUGCUAACGCAAAUACUUCAACUCCUAGCCCAUCCGGUGGAUUGUUCAGCACUAAUUCUAAUGCCAAUACUAUAAAUCAACAACCGGCUAGUAAUUCCUUAUUCGGAAAUAAACCGGCACAAUCAUCGGGAGGUUUAUUUGGUGGUGCAACCAGCACUACUUCUAAAAAUACAGGAAGUUUAUUUGCAAAUAACGGUUCCAUGACAAACUCAACGGGCUCCACUGGUUUGUUUGGCAACAAUUCAACUGGAUCCGUGGUACCAAACAGCGGUCUGUUUGGAAAUAAUACUAAUCCAGCUUCAAACUCAUCAAGUGGUGGUUUGUUUGGUAACACCAACAGCAGCAACACAACUUCUACUGCACAAAGUGGCGGUUUGUUCGGUAAACCUACGGUCACCCCUGCCGGGGCAGGAAAUUUGUUUGGAAAUCCUACAUCAACAAACUCAACUACGGGUUUAUUUGGAUCGAAUAAUAUGCAAGGUUCAGCAGGCCUUUUUGGUCAAAAACCAGGAGCUUCAACCACUGGAGAAAUGUUUGCAAAUAAUAAUGCCACAUUUGCAAGAUCUGGCGAAAUUACGGGAAGUAUGUCAACCAACCCAUACGGAAUUAAUAUAAGUAAUAUUCCAGUGUCAGUAGCUGACAUGCCAAGAUCCAUUACGUCUUCUCUUUCAGAAGGUAUGGAAAAGUCACAUGUGGCAUCCAAACCAAUUGAAAAUAGGAGGACAUAUUCGUUCUCUUCUACAAUUCCAAGCAAUGCACCUUUCCCACGUGUUUCACAAUCAAGUUUAGUAAGUAGAUUGAGCACAAGGCUGAAAACUACUCAAAAGAGUACGAUAUCUAAUGAAAUUUUUUCUCCGUCUUAUAGUAAGCCGUGGUUGAAUGGAAUGAGUUCAACUCCUUUGAUGAACGACUUUUCUAGUACCAAGAUGAACUUAAGUUCAAGUGAAAACGUCAAUAUUAGUACAAAUGCCUUUGCUUUUCUAUCCUCUCAAAAGGCCGAUCUUUCAGAAUUGCGUAAACUGAAAAUUGAUUCCAAUAGAAGUGCCGCAAAGAAAUUGAAGUUACUUUCCGGAAGUCCCGCUAUUACUAAAACCUGUAUGGAAGACGAACAGACCCCGUUAAAAAAGGAAUCCGUGACAAAUGCUGACAAGGUAAUUGAAUCCAACUGCAAAGAAAAUAAGGACAGUAAUGUCGAUGACAUUCGUUUUAAUGGGAAAAACCAAUCAAACAAUCUGAAUACUGGACAAGAUAACGAGAAUACAGUACAACAUGAAAACUCACGAAAUUCCGGUUACUGGUGUUCUCCUUCCCCAGAGCAGUUGGAGAAUUUAUCAUUGGAGCGGUUAGCCGCCAUUCCAAACUUUGUUAUAGGAAGAAAAGGUUAUGGUUGUAUUACAUUCCAGUAUGAAGUGGACCUUACUGCUUUUAUUAAAAAUUUUAGGGAAGAACUAUUUGGUAAAACUGUAAUAUUUCGUUCUUCGAAGACUGUGGAAGUAUAUCCUGAUGAAACCACUAAGCCCAUGGUUGGGCAUGGGUUAAAUGUUCCGGCUAUCAUUACUUUGGAGAAUGUUUAUCCCGUAGAUAAGAAAACAAAAAAACAAAUGAAGGACACAUCGAAGUUUGCUGAGUUUCAGAUUCUGGACAAAAAACUUAGAAACAUGAAGGAAAUGAAUUUUAUAUCUUACAAUCCAUUUGGCGGGAUUUGGACUUUCAAAGUCAAUCACUUCAGCAUUUGGGGGUUAGUUAAUGAAGAAGACGCUGAAAUAGAUGAAGAAUGCUCUAGAAAACGUGAACAUGAUGAUAACAACCCCUCAAAAAGGGUGCGCACGUUAGCACAAUCGAAGCCAUUGAAUGAAGAAAUCAUUAUGACAACAAGUGGUGCAACCGGAAGUUUAGCAAAUAAAGAUGAUUCUAUCAUUGAGGAAAAGGCAUAUGAACCUGAUUUAUCUGAGGCAGAUUUUGAGGGAAUUGAAGUUUCUCCUACUCUUGAUGUUUCAAAAGACUGGAUACAACAACUAACGUUAGCUGGGUCUUCAUUACGCUCCGUAUUUGCUACUUCCAAAGAACUUGUCGGACCAUGUCAAAACGAGAUAGAUUUACUGUUCGCCGAAUAUAAUGAUGAAAUUGGUAAGUUAAAACAUAUCAUGAAAGAAAGAAGGCUUACUUCGCCGUAUACCUUUGCCAAUUUUUCGACAGGUUCGAUGCUGUUGACAAAAAACAUUUCUGAUAAAACAGGUGUUUCAAUUCAGCGUUUACCUAAUGAGUUGAAAAGGAAAUUUUUACUUGAUGACUUAUAUUUAGGUAAAGAAAUUGAAAAGGUUACUAUAGACUUAAGAAAGGCCAAUUCGUACCCACUGGUUACUGAAAGCUCUUUACUAUUCAAAGAUGUUUUAGAUUAUAUGGAAAAGUCCUCAAAUGAUUAUGACCUCUGGAAGCUUUCGUCUAUUUUAUUUGACCCUGUUUUUUACCCUUAUAAGAUUGAGAACCAUCAAGCAAAAAUGGCGCUUUUAAAAAAAGAAAGGCAUCGUCAAUUAACCUCGUGGAUUGUUAGUCAAAUAUCUCCCGAAAUUGAAGAAAGAAUUAAGAAUUCUUCUAACAAAAUAGAAAAAAUAUUCCUGUAUUUAUUGUUGAAUGAUGUUGUGGGGGCAUCCAAAUUAGCAAUUGAGUCUAAUAAUGGUCAUAUGAGCGUACUGAUAACCUAUCUUGGUUCAAAUGAUCCUAGAAUACGCGAUUUAGCCGAACUACAAUUGCAAAAAUGGUCAACUGGCGGAUGUAGUAUUGACAUGUAUAUUUCUAGGAUUUACAAGUUAUUAAGUGGAUCUCCUUUUGAAGGACCAUUCUCGCUAAGGGAUCUUGAAAGUGAAUUUGGUUGGUUGUGUCUUUUGAAUUUGACAUUAUGCUACGGCCAAAUAGAUGAGUAUUCCUUAGAAGCCCUAGUUCAAUUGCAUUUAGACAAGUUUUCUUUACCUUAUGAUGACCCUAUUGGUGUUAUUUUCCAACUAUAUGCUGCUAAUGAAAAUACAGAAGAGCUGUACAAAAAUGUUAGGCAGAGAACCAAAGCUUUAGAUGUUCAAUUUUGCUGGUAUUUAAUCCAAACAUUAAGAUUCAAUAAUAUACGCGUUUUUUCAAAGGAAACUAGAGAUGAAGCUACAUUUGCAUUCGCCGCUCAACUAGAAUUUGCACAACUGCAUAGUCAUUCUCUCUUUGUUUCCUGCUUUUUAAGUGACGACGCUGCUGCGGAGGACAUCAUUAGAAGACUGGUCAUGCGCGAAAUAACACUGUUAAAGAAUCCACCGAACGAUCAUAUCUUGAAGAGAUUGAAGAUCCCUAAGAAACUGAUAUUCAAUGCUCAGGCUUUGAAAGAUAAGUAUGAAGGCGAUUAUCUUUCUGAGGUACAAAAUCUACUUAAGGGUUCAUCUUAUGAUUUGGCAGAAACGACAAUUGUUACUAUAUUGGGUCCAAGACUCUUGUUAUCAAACGAUCCCACACAGAAUAAUGAUCUGAAAACCUUAAGGAAAAUUCUUAACGAAUUCCCUAACUCUGAAAGAGAUAAAUGGAGCGUAAGUAUGAAAGUAUUUGAAGACUAUCUUAAGUUUGUGUUGGACAAUGAUGAAACGCCGAAAACGAUCGAUUCUUUAAUCAGUGGCUUGAAUGUAUUUUAUGAAGAGAAUAAACAUAAUCGUGAAGUUCCUGCAUGUUGUAACGUUAUGUCUGAAAAAAUUGUUCAGAAAAUAGUGAAAAAUAAAAGUUCCUUAAUUGGAAAUUCGAAGGGCAAAUUGCUUGACCUUCCUUUAGGGCAGCCGGAAAAAGCAUACUUAAAGGGCGAGUUUGCCAAGAUUUAA